AGGUGUGUGCAGACCUCAUCAAGGGAGCAAAGGAGAAGCAGCUGCGUGUGAAGGGACCCGUCCGCAUGCCGACGAAGAUACUGCGCAUCACGACGCGCAAGACUCCGUGCGGCGAGGGAUCGAAGACGUGGGACCGCUACCAGAUGCGAAUCCACAAGCGAGUCAUCGACCUUCACUCGCCCUCCGAGAUCGUCAAGCAGAUCACGUCGAUCAACAUUGAGCCGGGGGUCGAGGUCGAGGUCACGAUCGCAGACGCAUAGGCGGCGACGCGGCGGCGGCGCCCCCUACGCGAUUCUGAUGGCGACGAAACGUGAAUAAAUCGCUUUGGUGCGAAAACUUA